GUAAAUGUCAAAUGAAUUCAUAACCUCAUUCUUUGUUUAUUUACUUAUAAUUUAGGAAGUUUUAAAGUUUUUCUGCUAAGCACUUGUAAACGAUGUCGGAAAACCCUGAAAAGCCGGAUAAGAGCCUCAUGAUAUAUGGCCGGGAUGUGUCACAAAUUCCUUGUUUUCGCAACAGCUUCCUUUAUGGAACACUGGGAGGUUUAGGUCUCGGAUUGGUUCAUUUCAUGUUUACAAGUAAAGUACCGAAAUCUGUUAAUUACUCGGUAUAUUCAUUUUCCGUUAUUACUAUGGGAUAUUGGAUGGUGUGCAGGUACAACUAUUCCAAACUGAAAUUUGAAUUGACUAGGACACAAGAAUUGCUCAGGGAUAGGAUAGCAACUGAGGGUACUGAACAAGAAUAUUUCCAGCCAGAAAAAGUCGAAGUAGUAGAAGUAUUAGAGGUACAUAAAAUUGUGACACUUUAAAACUUGAA